UUUUUUUUUUUGUUACUUUUCUCAUUACUUUACAUUUUCGUCUUGGGCGAUUCUUCUUUUUAUUUGGAACUGUUGAGCACAUUUCCUCGUCCAGAUCCAAGUUCAUAAUGCCAGCCGAGACGACGCCUUGGUGGAAAAACGCUACGAUUUACCAGAUUUAUCCUGCUAGCUUCAAGGACUCCAACGGAGAUGGCAUCGGCGACAUUCCAGGAAUAUUAUCUCAGCUUGACUACAUCCAGUCACUUGGCGUAGACGCCAUUUGGUUAUGCCCCAUGUACGAUAGCCCCCAGUAUGAUAUGGGUUAUGACAUUUCCAACUAUGAGGAGGUAUAUGCUCCCUACGGAACAAUGGCCGAUGUGGAGGCUCUUAUCGCGGCUUGUCAUGAGCGGGGGUUGCGUAUCCUUCUAGACCUCGUCAUUAAUCAUACCUCAUACGAGCACGCUUGGUUCAAGGAGUCUCGCUCCUCCAAGGCCAAUCCAAAACGUGAUUGGUACAUUUGGAAGCCGCCUCGCUACGAUGCGAAUGGUCAACGCCGACCGCCAAAUAAUUGGCGUAGCUUCUUCAGUGGCAGUGCCUGGGAAUGGGAUGAGGUCACACAGGAAUACUAUCUACACUUAUUCGCAGUCCAACAGCCUGAUUUGAAUUGGGAGAACAAGGCCACUCGUGAAGCUAUUUAUGAGUCUGCUAUGGAGUUUUGGCUUCGUAAAGGAAUUGAUGGCUUCCGUGUUGAUACAGUCAACAUGUACAGCAAAGAUCCAUCAUUUCGUGAUGCACAGGUGUUAGAUUCCAGCAUUGAGUGGCAGGCGGCACCUCACCUGUUUUGUAACGGCCCACGUAUUCAUGAGUACGUGCGUGAGAUGGGACAGAUCCUACACAAGUAUAACGCCAUGACAGUUGGUGAGUUACCGCACACGCCACAAGUUGCUGACGUUCUUUCCUACGUCUCAGCACGUGAGCAGCAGUUGAGCAUGGUGUUUCAAUUUGACAUUGUCGACCUUGGCUUUUCCAGAAGCCAGAAAUACGACACGGUUCCACGCAACUGGACCUUGCCUGAACUCAAGCAGCGAGUGCGCUCCACUCAGCACCUCAUGGAAGGAACUGAUGGCUGGAGUACUGCUUUCCUCGAGAAUCACGACCAGGCGCGGUCUGUCUCGCGUUGGGGCUGUACUGAUACCCCCGAACUAUGGGCACGCAGUGCCAAGCUUCUGGCCAUGCUCGUCGCCAGCCUUUCGGGUACACUAUACGUCUAUCAAGGUCAAGAGAUUGGUAUGGUCAAUGCUCCUGCUGAAUGGCCCGUAAGCGAGUACAAGGACGUCGAGAGCAUCAACCACUAUAAAUUUGUACGUGAGUCUACGGCUGAUGACUCCGUGGCGCUGGAGCGAGCAAAGAAAGCUCUGGAUCAUCUAGCCCGAGAUCAUGCUCGACUACCGAUGCAAUGGGACGGAACAGCAAACGGUGGUUUUUCCAGUGACGGCGCUAAGCCAUGGAUGCGUGUUCAUGACAAUUACCAGCUGCUGAAUGUCAAACGACAGACUCUGGAUCCUGACUCCGUGUUGUCCUUCUGGCGCAAGAUGCUACGUGUUCGACGAGCAUAUCCCCAGGUUUUUGCACAGGGUAGCUUUGUCGACACUGACUCUGAGCACGGUUCGCUCUUCGUCUUUGAGAAGAUUGGCGAUGAACAGCGUCUUGUUGUAGCACUCAAUUUUACCGCUGAGCGGCAAGCUGUAGAUUUAGAAACACAUCUCGGCUCAGGCUCGCACAAGAUACUGAUUAAGAACUGCGAGGCAGGAUCACUCCAUGAACUGCAGCCGUACGAGGGUCGAGUGUACAUUGUUGCUAAACAGGGAGCUUAACCCUAUGACUCUAAUCUAAGUAUAUGGGACGACGAUAUAGUACUAGAUUCAGGUCACGUCCCUCUCCUUCUAGCGCUUGGAACUUUGAUGCAAAGAUGAGUUGGUAUUGGAAUACACCGUUUGAUGAUUCUGAAGUCAUUUGGGUGAGUUUUUGUUCAACUUCAUCUAUAUAUACAUGCCCAUCUUUAGAUUAAUGUUCUCUUAGCUCAUCUCGAUUUAAUAUUUCCAUUGGCACCUAUAUCUAGUUCCCAGCAUACCUCAUUUUCGACCCGUGCCUAAUAAGUACAUGUAUUCCUGCCAGAUUUGUUACAUCGUUUAUGCCGUAAUAUUUACUUUAACUAUUACAUAGAGCGACUUCCUUGCAUAAAUUGACUGUCAUCACAUUAUCAAAUCGGGAUAUGAUCCUGCCAUUCUGCCAUCAGACUUUCGCUGUCCUGUAUAAAAUCCAAUAAAUAGCUUGGGUUUCGCGAGAUAUAGACCGUCGCGUGUC